CCCAGAACAUUAGCCAAGAGGACUUCAAGAAAAAAGAUACGCUUGCAGGAAAAGAUAGACCAGCUGAGAGUGAAAUAGAGGAGGCAAAUCUGUCUCAGGAAGAUGAAGAAGAAGAUGAUGAAGUGUUUGGUGAUGAUGAUCAGAUGCAGCUGGAAGAUCUUAUGGCAGCAUGUACAACUAUUGGGUGAGCUAGAUACAAGUUGUGUUAAAUUCAUUAUUUACAGAGUAUGUAUUAAAAGUAUUUACAUUUUAAAUCUUGUGAAAGAAAGAUAUUUAGUUUAAAAAUAGGCUAUUUUUAAUUUUUCAAUUCCUUGCUCCCUCUUGAUAUAAAAUAAUUUAAAAUAAUGGACAUGCUUCUGGAGUCUCUUUGUUUAUGAAAAAAAAAAGACUUGUGAAAGCAUUCAUGUGUGAGUCAACACAAUUCAUUUCCUUUGCUGCAGAACACUAUUAUACCAGGAAAUAUUUUAUCAAGUAAUACAUUCCAACUUAAGCACAUGGAGUAUUUAUUGGUGCUAUGAUACAUUUCAUGUUCAGAUACACAGCUCAGCACUAUGUCACUUUAUGUCCACAGAUAUGAGCCUAAAAGAGGAGGAAAUCAGGACACAGACACUAAAAGCAAAUCCCAGAAGAAGAAAGACUUGUGUCUGGCUAUGCUUGAGCCAGAUCUCAUUGAAAGGGAUCCAAAGGUACCAUCUUGAUGUCAUGGCUUUUAAAUCAUGCAUGUUCAGUUAUAGUCUUUUAAAUUUAUAAAUCACAAGGCAGAAAUAAUGUACACAUUUAAAAUUUGUAACACUUUUAAUUUUUUUCUUACUUCUUCAAGUGGAUAGCGGGUUGCUAUAUAAAUAUCUAAUUUGAUAGUGAACGAAGGAGAAUUGUUAAUAGGGUUUUUGAAACUGUAUCCAUUAUUAACAUUUCAUAAUGUUAUGCAAGUUGAACAUUUUUAUCUGUUUUCAAGUUUACAGCCACGUUUUGAGACUGUUCAAAGAAAAAUGAUAUAGUUUUUACAUUUUUGUUUAAUUUCUGUUGGCAUGCAAACAAAUGUUUUACACUUCAGAAAGAUGAACGUGAUACAGCAUAUGCACAGUACUAUUUCAACCGUGUUAAAGAAGUUCUUAAAGAUGACCCAGAACGUUUUAGGAAAUUUUUGACUCAACUUCAUGACCUGAACAAGGACCACUGUAACCCUGUAGAGGUCAGUUUCAUGAAAUGAUAAUAACUGGGGGAGACUGCAAUCAGGUUAGGUAAAGGAAAUAUGUAGGACAAGGUACGGGAAAACCUAUAAAAAAAAAAAAAAAGAGAGAAAAAAAAAAACAAAAGAAUAAAAAAAAAAUACAAGGACCACUUUAACCCUGUAGAGGUCAGUUUCAUGAAAUGAUAAUAACUGGGGGAGACUGCAAUCAGGUUAGGUAAAGGAAAAAUGUAGGACAAGGUACGGGAAAACCUAUAAAAAAAAAAAAAAAGGGCGCAAAAACACAGCGAACGUGUCAGCAAGAAGCCUUCAUAAAACAACAUGGAGGUUGGCCUUCAAUGCAUGUUGUAUAAUAUUAAAAGUCUAUAAACCUAAGCUUUAAAAAAUGCUUACUCAACAAAAUAUUGUGAAGAUGACAUAAAGAUUACAAAAUAAUAUAAUGACACAAAGAUUUCUAUGUUUGAAUUAAUUUUCUCGAGUUAAAACAUAUUCCUUACACUGUAAAAUAACAACAACCCUGAACUUUCUUUUCUCCUACUCUUAAAAAAAGUUGGGAUAGUAAAAUGGAAGCCGACUACAACAGUUGAAAAGAGAAUGAAAUGUGUGACCCCAUUUCUAGCCUACUGUUCUACCAUUUAACACAGGCUGUCAUGAUGAGCUGUAACUUGUAACAUAUAGUAACUUUAUUUAAUAUGUAGUAACUUUAUGUAACAUGUAGUAGCUUCAUUUAUCAUGUAGUAACUUCAUGUAACAUGUAGCAACUUUAGAUGUAUGGCAACCCGUCUCUGACUGCUUAAAUGAUUCCUAAAGUUUGUUUCAUUUUUGAAAGAAAUCUUCUGAUUUAACAAAAAAACAACAUUAACUUACUGCUGGAUUUGUAUUUGUUCUUGUCAGAUCAUAAUAUUGCUAAAUUAUUUCUAGUUAACAUUACAACAAUUAAUAUGAUAUUAAAAUCCCUUGAGAAGAAUUUUCUUUAAAAGGAAUCAUUCCAUAUAUGAUGCCAUGGUUAACUUUGACAUUGUCUUAAAAUUUCUCUUUUCAUUUUUCCUAUUUACUAAGCACUCAGCAAUUUUGCACAGUUGUUGAAAUUUAGCCUUGUUGAUUUUCAAUUUUCAUCAUUUUUAGCUUCAUAAUGUUAUCUUAAAAGCCUAGAACAACAUUGUCUUUAUUAAGCCAGAGGCUGGAUAAUUUUGCACCCCCAUUAAAUACUUAACCCAUCCACUUUCCAACACUGAGCUCAUCAACACACUGUUUAUGAACUGGCAGUUCCAGGGCUGUCGGCUGUAGCAAAUCUAAUGGUUCAAAAAGGCUGGGAGUUACUCCUGGUAGUGUUUCACUCACUGUAGAAGUUUUUGAGACUGCAGCAUGUGCAUUCACAUUUUCUUUAGAGCAAAAGUUAGCGGGGUCAACCUGUCUGUUUUUUUGACGUUGUUGACAAGGAUAUUUGAAGAUGUACAGAAGCUGAUCCCUGAAUUUGCGUCCUGUGAGGAUGUACAAGAAGAAGUUGAUGCAGUGGUUGCCGAUCAUGAGGACAUUAACAAGACUUGCGGUUAAGGUAUAAUUGGCCAAUAUUUGAAAGUCGAUGACCGGAGGAUUUUGUAUAAAAUUGAAGACCGUUGGUCUGAGGAUUGUCAGAAUAAUCCUGGGAGCCGUCAGGAUGACAAAGGUGAAACUAACAGCCAGAAGUGUUAUUGUUAGUCUUCGGUUGACCCUAGCAACAGAAAUAUUCAUCUCACUUUUUACUGAUCCUCUCAGAGAUGAAUAUAUUUUAACAGAUUUCCUGUGGCUUCUAAUGAUCAAAGUGUUAAAAAUAAUUAGACAGAGGAAUGGAAGAAAUGAGUAAACAGUUGCAUCUAUCCAAGGCCAUGUAUUUUCCACAAAAUCUUUGUAAGAAUCAUAAACAAUACACAUAUUCUGCAGAGUAGCCUUAGACGUGACGACCCCCAUGGUAAAGAAAAUGUGAAGAUUUAUAAAAAUCAUUGUUACCAUUAGAAUAACAAUGACAAUUCUUGCCUUCUUGGGUGUGGACCACCUCAGGGCUUUGAGAGGAUAAGUGAUGGCUAUGUAUCUAUCUAUGGUCAUAGCAACCAACAACCAGGCGCUGAGGCUAAAACUCCAAUAGGCUUGGAAGUUCAGAAACUGGCACAUGGUCGUGCUGGAAGACCUGGGGUCAUGGUUCUGGGUUAGCAUCCAGCGAAUGAGGCCAGGACCCAGCACCACAGAGAGGUCGGCGAGAGCCAGGGCAGCCAUGUAGUUGCAGAUGGGCAGACUGGUCAGGCCCAGCAUGACCACCAGGGCAAGUGUGUUGGCCACACUACCCACCACCACCUCUGAGAUGUAGCCAUAAGUGUUGAUACUGCUGGCCAGACGGUAAUUAGAGAAUGUCAUCAAAAACAUUUCAAGGCGGUCCUGAGGGUUGAUGUUGGAUGGUGGAAGUAAAGUUGUCGGUGCUGAUUGUUUGGUAAAAUUAAAUUCCAGUUCAGGGUCCACAGCCAGAUCAUGGCUUUGAUUCAUUUUGUUCUUUUAGAAAAAUGUCCACAAUUAUAUUAUUGCACUACAAAUUCAAGAGAAAAAAAGUUUCCAAUUUGAACAAUUAAAAUAAUUUUAAUGUUUUAUUCCAGCUGAGUCACUCACAUUUUUUUUCUCCAAUGAGUAGAAAAAAAUAUUUCCUUUUGUAUUAGGGAAUAUUGUGCUGUGUAGCUCAGAUUUUUUAUAAUUAUUGGUCAGUGGAAAAAAAGAAAUCAAAUUUUGGAUGAAUUUGUACAAUGAUCUGUUAUUGUUAACUUAUUAUGAAAUAAGUUCUGCAAACAAUACUGACAAUUUUUUAUUUUAGCAACAGUUGUCCAUAUGAAUUAAUCCAAAAUAGAAAUAACUUAGUACCUGUGCCAACAUUAGUCAUGGUAUGAUUGCCUCAAAACUGCAGGGGAAUAAUUCUGCUCCGAUUGUUUGGCUCAUGUCUGAGUUGCCUCCUCAUUGCGUUUAUGACCCUGUUGUAAUUUGUAUGACCAAGGUUUUCAUUAUGCUCCAAAACAACAUUUUUUAAAGACCUUAUUUCUAGUGAUGAAAUAAAAUUACGUGCAAUGAAAUUUUAUAUUUUGUACCCCUCCAAAUUCCUGAAUAGCUUCCAGGAAUGUGGCUUCUGAGAAUAAGCAGUUAGAAUACUAUAUGUAAAGAGGAGCAUAUUAUUGUCCAUAAAAAAGAAUUCAAAGUAUUAUUAUGUCUAAAUAGCUUUUUAAAACUGUAUCAGUACUGAAUUUUUAAAAAUGUAUUUUUAAAAACAUAUUUUAAAAUUCAGUGAUUACUAUUUUGAUCUGAUGAAAAGGUCACUGAAAGGUUAUCUAAGUACAGAUAAACUUUUACUCCAACAAUUAAUUUAUUAAAAACACAUGAGAAUAAAUUGGUCAAAUGAUCCUAGAAUCAAGUUGUGGGGCACAGGUGAUUGGUCUCAUGGAUUUGAGGGCCAUUGAGAAGUCAAAUGUUUGCACACAGUUUUUAAAGUGGUGUUGUUGUGCAGUGCAACCCAACUUGAUGGACCAAUGAGUCCCCAACAGAACAAAUUAUAUGGAUGUUUUACUAUCGUUUGAAUAGCACUAGCUAUUUUAAGACUCACUGAUGGCAGCGUCGUAAAGGUUCACACUAUAAAUUAAUUGUGGCACUCUAAUUUAUCUGCUGGUGUCCUUCAUUUUGUUCCAAUGUAAUAAUUAGGCUCAAUUACAUGUAAUUUAUGAUACUACCAUGAGAAAGCAACAUGUGAGCCAGCUGUUUUAAUCUACGUUCAAUCUUACAAUGUAUUUAUUUACCAGUCUAAGUUCAGUCUUACAAAGUAUUUACAAGUCUCAGUUCAAUCUUACAAUGUAUAGACAGUCUCAAUUCAAUCUUACAAUUUAUUUUUAAAUGACUGAUUACAUGGAGGCUGCAUAUGAUACUACCAUGAGAAAGCAACAUGUGAGCCAGCUGUUUUAAUCUAAGUUCAAUCUUACAAUGUAUUUAUUUACCAGUCUAAGUUCAGUCUUACAAAGUAUUUACAAGUCUCAGUUCAAUCUUACAAUGUAUAGACAGUCUCAAUUCAAUCUUACAAUUUAUUUUUAAAUGACUGAUUACAUGGAGGCUGCAUAUAUAUUGGUUGUUUACUUUUUCUCAGGAGGCUGCAAACAUUUAUUUAUCCCUACUCAAAAGAGUAUGUCAUUUUAUUUCCCUUAGUUUCUAAAAUAAAUCUUGCAUCACAAUCACAGUUUGAGUAGUGACUGUAAAACAGAUCAUGAGAUAUCCAGGUUUUGUUCUGCAUUGAAAAUACUCCCUUGCACUGUCAGUUGUUUUUUCAAACCUUUUUUCACAUUCUCCUUACAGCAUGGUAACUAUGUUUUUUUUUUUUGUGCGGCACAGAAACUUAAUCGCAGGCAAACCUCCGUUUAAUAUGGCUGUACCUAACUGAUCUAUAUCCCCAGCUUUAUGCUGACAUGGCUGUACUCCUAUCAGACCACCAGGAUCUUGUGGACGACUUUGGUGGCUUUCUCUUGUCAUUCCAAGCAGUGGAAUGUCAGUGUUUUAUUUCCAGCCUAGAGUAUCAACAGAUUCGAAGCUUUUUAAGACAGCUUGAGGUAAAACAUUCAGCUGUAAGAAUAGACACCAGGCAAGACUGUAUGGAAUGCAUUUUAUAGAUAAAUUAUUUAUUUAUUCAUUUAAAGCUGAUAUAUCACUAAUUUUUAAGCUUCAUAAAAAUAUUACAAUAAACUUAAUUUCAAUUUCUGUUCAUUAAAUAGCUUCCUCGGAAGGAUCUCAUCAGCCAUUUCAAAAUAGCAUGCCUUGAAAAAAAGAUUGAAAGUGAUUAAGUGAUCAUCUAAAUGGCUAAGAUAACUGGCCAACACAAAAUUUGGUGCCUCAAAUGUUAGACUUGUUUCCCUCUGAUUCUGGGGAGUAUAAAGUUGUUAAUUCCCCUACAUUUGUAUUAAAUAGGCUGUGACUAUCCCACAAUUUUUUUCCGAUUAACUGUGAGAAGGCCACCUUACAUUUCACAUCAGCUGACGUACCCAGUUUUUUUUUUUCCAGAUUAACUGACAAUUCCACCUUACUUUAUUAAUUAUUAAUUUAAUUUUCAGAUCUACUGUGACAACUCCACCUUCACAUACCAACGCACUCUUAAAAUGAUGUCCAAGUGGCUGAGCUUGAAUCAAGAUGCCCAAACAGAUUGCACACCAUUCAGGGAUAGGAUUAGUGCUGUAUUACGGCAUGUUCCUGGCCUCAUGGAUGACCUACUUUCAUACUUCUUUGAUGCACCAUUACCUGACAGGUGAAAGUCAUGAAAGUGUAUUGGAUGUUCAAUUAUAGUUUGUUGUGUGUACGAGUAAGAAAAAACACCCUUUUCAUUAACAGUGAAAAAGUUUUAGUAGCGCCAUCUACAGUUUUAGUAGCAUCAUCUAUAGUUUUCGGAAACAAAACUAAAGGGUUUACAUUUGCUGAUCAAGCAACAUUAAAUAGCUUCUUACUUGCUGUCAGAAAUUUGAUAUUUUAAUAAUAAAAAAAACCUUUUAUUUUAAUAAUUAAAUUAAUAAAUAAUUCUUUAAGUGUGCAAAGAGGCUAAAAUGUCAAUAUUAAUCCCAUAAAAAAAAAAUAGACAGCAUCGUGAUCCCUAUUAUUAAAGAAAGCAGUUGAAUGCACAGAAUUUGGUAAUAUUAUGUAAAUGGCAAAAUAAUUUAGAAACUUAAUUUUAAAUACUUAUCCAUCAAGGGGUGCCACUUUUCCGGAUUGUUCCGUAAUUCUGGAUUCAUUAGGCAAAAUAUUUUUCAGCUCCGGAUUUGUGAGGUUUUUUUUUCUCUCGCUCCGGAUUAGCCAGAUCAGUUUAUUCAAAUACGUUUCUGGGUUUAAAAACAAAAUCAAUGCAUAAGAACGCGCGAAAAACUAUUCAGCAAGAGCGGGUUUGCUAUAAAUAGAACAGGUACUGCAACCUCUCGCUUUUGUUUGCAAGCCUCUCACUUUCAUUUGUAAUUAUUGCACAAGAAAUUAUUUCUACAGUUUAUGAAUUUUAUGAGUUUCGUUAAGUUUCAGGGUUUGAAAAAUUUGUAAAUGAAGUUUCAGGUUUCAAGAAAUUUUUAGAAAGGUAUUUCGAGGUUCACAGAUACCCCGGAUAUCCAUUUUUAAAUAAUUAUUUUUAAAAAUUUUACCUUGUUACUUGUUCUUAUGCAGCCACCCUGAUGAUUAUGAGAAUGUAGAACUAGAUGAGUUUUAUGACCUCAGUGAAACUGACAAGUUUGAAGAGGUCACUCUGCCAGAAGGAAGGGAAGAUUAUAACACUAAACUUUGCUCCUGCAACUGUCACGCAGACCAACAGGAUGAAAAGUUGCAGAAAAGAAGCCGCCAUUGUGUCUCAUGCAGCCUUAAGGUUUUUUUUCCCCUGUUGUGCUUCUUACAUUUUAUUUUACGUUUUAAUACAUUCUAAUUAUCUAGUUUAGUAUUUAAAAAAAUCUGCGCAAACAUAAGCUCAGUUGUCAAAAUUUUUCUAUAAUUUUUUUACUUUAAUCUAGUUUAUUGACACUAAAAUAUAUCCAGAAUUUCUGUAAGACAGAUGUCUCCAAGCUAUGAGAGGCACAGGCCAGUACAUAAAGAGUGUAAAAAGUUUAAUCUUUGUAUGUGCUUGUAUAUGUAUCCAUUUCAUUUGAUGAAAUAAUGAUGGCACUGAGUAGGGUCGCACUGAUUAAUUGGCAGGUACUUGCCCCUUUACUUGUUUAAUGGGUAAUCACUUUUUCAGGCCGAUUAAUCGACCUUCUGAAAAUGUUAAAUCUAAGUCUAGAAAAGAUUGAAUGUUUUAUGUGGUUUUAUCAAAUUUUUACCCAAUUGGAUUUGUCUAAGACACUAAACCCACUAACUGAACCCAAUAACUAAGCCCACUAACUAAGCCCACUUUCUGAGCCCACUAACUGAGCCCUCUAACUAAGCCCACUAACUAAGCUUAUUUUUUUUUUUUUUUUUUUUUUUUUUUUUUUUUUUUUUUUUUUUUUUUUUUUUUUUUUUUUUUUUUUUUUUUGUGUAUGUGUGUUAGGAAAGUAGGAAAGUUUAGCCCGAGCAGAACGGUAUGUCACUGCUAGUACUAUAUUAGAUUAAUGUCUUUUUCUGAUGACGAAAAGUUGAACAUAAUUUGUUACUAAAGACGCAUUUUUUCAAAGUUAUCUCAAAUUUGACAGAUGUUAAUUAUUUUAAAAAAACAAUGUCUGCAAAUGCUACCUGUACAACGGACCGUCUUCCCUGAUGCUGCUUCAUCCCUUAAUUAUUGCAUGGGUACUUAAAUGAUGUAACCUUUUGGUGUAAGCAUAAUGCUCCUCCAUGCAGUGAAGUAGCUAGAAUUUUGUGGAACCCAGGGCGUUCCUUGAUUUUCCCACCCCUCACUCACGAAAACCACAAAAUAUAAAGAAUACACAUAAUAGAUCAAACAUAUUUAGUGUAUUCCAAUCAGAUGCUUAGUCCUGACCUAGGUGCAAGGGUCAAGUGUUUGGGCGACAGAGGAGCGCUUGCUUCUAUUUCAUGACAUGGUUGUUUUCAUAAUAAUGUGUUACAAUAGUGUUCCUCUAACCUAAAUUUCAGCUUCAUAAUACUACUUAUAAUGAUAAAUUAUGGUAGAGUCUAAUUACUUAUCUAAAACUUUAAGUUAAAGACAUAAUAAAUAAUCAGCGGGUGAUUAAUCAGUAUCGGCUGAUUAAGGCAGACGGAUUAAUCAUUAAUUUGCCAAUUCGCUAAUUGGUGCAACCCUAGUGCUUAGAAAUGUUUUUAAAAAAUAUGAGACACAAUUGAUCAGACAGUUUGGAAAUCACUGUAGCAUUACAUGACUAUCUUGCAAGCUAUGUUGCACAAUACAUUUCUGAGGAAAUGUUCUAUAACAUUGUAGAUUUGAAAACUUUUAAAUAAAACAUAUUACGUGACCGUCAUAUAUGCUUCAUAAAAAAAAUACUCCUCUCACUUGCAGAUGUUUGAUGGGAGACCAGUGUUGAAAAUGUGCCGCAAUGAGUAUCAUGAUGUGUCCGUGGUUUACCCCCUGGAGGAGAAGGAAAAGUUGGCCAGGGCCAAGAAGGAAGCGGCUCAGAUAGCCCUGGCCAAAGCCAGAGCUCAGAGGCAACAGAAGAAGAAAAACAAAAAGAAGAAAUCUCUGGGGAAACUCAAGCCCAAAAACUCUAGAAAGAAGAAGAAGAUUAGGAGAAGAAACUCUUCCAAGCUGGGGAACAACCUGGGUAAAAGCUCAACUCCAAAAGAUAUGGCCGUGGGAGGCAACUCAGAAUCACUGGCUCCAUGUAGUUCAAUGAUUAACAUAGAGAAAGACUCUGAAGACCAGUCCGCAAAGGAAUGCGGCACAAAUUCUAAAAUGUUCGAGUCCAAUUAUUUGGCUUUGAUCAAAGAGGAAGUAAAAAUAAAAACAGAUCGGCUUGAGUCUAUGACGGAUCCACAAAUCUUAGUCUGUCAAAGUGAUCCAUCUCCUGAUUCUGGAAAUGGUGUCUCUGCUUCAAACCAGCCAUCUUUAGAAGCAAACUUAAAGAUGCUUCAAUCUUCUGUUAAGCCUUUACAGUUGACCUCAGACGGCACAGGGACUUCAGAGUUCAAUUGUAAAAGUCCUACAGCAAUAUUCGUUUCAUCAAACCUAAGCCCUAAAUGUGGAUCACCAGCUUCGCCUAAGGUUGGAGCAGUUACAAAAACAUCUUUAGCAAGUCUGUCAGGAGGACCAAGCACUGACUUAACCCAUGUGUCACAUCCAGACGCUCUUGCCCAGCCGGUCAUUUUCAGUGUGACCAACUCCCUCCCACAAGCUAGAUUUAUGAGACUUACCGCACCAAAUGUAACUCCUUCUAUCAGGGCUCAGCUCCCUGGCCCCAGCUUUCCUUCCUCUACAAUCAUAGGGGCAAGGAUUCCUGUCAUGAUUACAUUGCAACCCCAGAUGUCUCUCAGACCAUCAUGCCAGCCAAGUGUUGAACCAACGAAUCUUCAAAAAUCCAAAAAUGCCAAUCCUUCCAAGUCUCCGACACGCAGAAUGUCACAGAAAAAAAAUCCUAAAGAGAAAACAUCGAGAAAGUAUAAAGGGAACACGGGUGAGGCAAAAGAAAAGUCAAAACAAGGCAAAACUGUAUCAGCGAAUUGCUCAAAUCAGACAGAAGUGUUGAAAAGCUGUUCAACUGAUGCUUCAACAAAGUUAGACACAAAUUCAGCUGAGGCCGAAACGUCAGUGGCGAUCGCCAGACAACGUUGCGUUGGUGUGACCGAGGCUCGUCCAGCUGCCGGCACAGGUGUCCCUGGUGUUGCCGUGACAUCUCCAACAACACCAACUAAAGAUGGAAAACACACCAGCCUGGUGUCAGGGCUGGAAGAUACCAACAGCUACCUGACAGCUCUGAGCAGAAACCCAAGUCUAAUGAAUGAACUUCAGACCUCAGAUACGUGUAGCUUAUUUCAUUUCUCACCUUCAAAGUUCAAAGGUAAACUUCCAGACAUUGUACGUGCGCAUUUAGAAAAUUUUUCUCUCGGAGGUUUUGAUGAAUCAAUGGACAUUCAUGUCCAACAACUGGCACAGACAAUAUCUCCCAGUAAACUUGGAGAUUCUACUUCAAAAUUUGAUAUUUUAGCCUUUUUAGAGUCAUCCAACCUGGCAGUGAAAGAAACUUCUGGACUUUCCAGUGGAAAAAAUGUGGGCACUGCAGAUGCUGAAACAAGACUAUCUUUUUCUGGUGCUUUAUCUGAGAUGAGCUCUCCAGUUUCAGGUCAGACUUUUGUCAAUCCUGUCGAUAAAACGGCUGUUUCAGUAAGCACAGAUGUUCAAGCAAAUUUAUCCCAAGACCAGCCGUCAGGGAAAGAAGCAAACAGAAAUGAAUUCGAAUUUGAUAAAACAAAAUUAAAGCAUCAUGAAAAAUCAAGCAGCAUUUCUCAUGCUGGUGAAUCUUCUCAUGCGGAUGACUUUCCUCAUGAGGUAGACUCUUCUCAAGCGGGUGACUCUUCUCAAGUUGAUGAUAUUGAAGAAUGGACAGAGUAAGUAAUAAACUAGUUAUAUUUUGUAUUAGGGGGUCGUUCGCAAAUUAUGGCACGCAAAAAAAGGGACCUUUUUAGACACCCCACUGUCAUAAAGUGUCAUAAAUUCACCCCUCCCCCGCCCCAUUACACCUAAAAAAAUGUCAAAACAUACAUCAAAUUUUCAUAACUAAGAUUUUCAUUUUAUUCUUUAAAAUUUCCCCAUAAUGGAUUAAGGUGUUGUAUUAGAAAACUGUAAUGUAAAACUCAAAGCAACAAAGUCAUCCUCGACCCGAAUGUAAAAUGGCCACAACAGUUUUUGCAUCAUUUUUCGAUAUGGGCAGAAGGUGUGCACAACUGAGGUUCACAGUACCUAUCCUACCUGAGGCAAUUUGGACCUCAAAUUAAUGUUUUUAAAAUUAAUUGAAUAAAGAUUUUUCAAAAUUGGAAAGUUUUAGAUUUUAAAAAAAUAUUAUUUUUUUUGUGACGGCACAAAUUUUUUGACAUCCCCACCUGUCACAAAUUCUCGAAUCUCCUCCCCCCCCUCCCCGAGCAUGACAAUAUAAAAACAACCUCUUACUUGUUCAUUGUACUGGGCUGUAUAUUUUGUAUUACUUGUUCAUUGUACUGGGCCUUUUAUUAUACUGAAUGACACAUUUUUUUGUUACCCAAUGUUAUCAAUAAUUAGCUGGAGACUACUGACUCUUCGGGGAAGGAAACACGUUCAUGCAUCUAUUUAUAAAAUUGGGAAAAAGUAGAAUUUAUUUUAAAAAAUGAGAACUCAAAGGAUCUUGUCCUCUAUGAAUUUAAAAUCACUAUUACUUCUCUGUCAGUCUCUGUUUCUGGUCAUAGGGCAAUCACAUUUAUUUUUGGAAAUUUGAUGGUGGUGGGUAGGACGGGGAGAGAUAUAGGAAAUCCCAUGGGUUAAGCCAUUCCUAGAUCCCCUGUUUCAAGGGAUCUUUUUUCAUUAUGCACAAUUAAUUCACACAGUAAAAAAAAAAUGAAAUUGUGUGGCUCACUCUUUGUCAAAUAAUGUUUUUGUUUUCUUCACUUAGAUGUUACAUUUACUAUCAAAUUAAUUUGUUUUAUUUGAUGAUUUCAUAAAAGAAAUAAUGAAGCUUUUGGGAACAAUAAUUAGAUUUGAAAAAAAUCUGUCAUCCCUUAUAGGGAGUGGGAUAGAAGCAUCUUGAAUGUUGUGGCUGUAGAAGGUAUGAAGGAUCAAGCCAUUAGAAAAAUUCAGGCUGAAAUUCCAGGAAAAUCUGCCAAAGAGGUAAGUAGUUUCUGGCCAGGUCAGCUGUUGUCCUUUUAAAUAUGCUAAUUUUAAUUUAAAAAAAUCAGAAAAACUUCAUUGUGUCUUUAGAUUUUUAAAUGUGUUACCUUAGGUUUCAGAUGAGCCCUGGUUUUUUCCCCCCCCCCCCCCCCCUUUUCAUGAUUGUGCUGUUAAUCCAUAAUUUUAUGUUGAUCAGAUCCUGUCACGUGCCAGGCUGUUACUUCAGAUGCUACAAAACAUGGGAGAUGGUGACAGUGAUACGGGCACUGAGAUGUCAUGUGAUGACAGCUCUAACAUGUGAUGACAGCUCUAACAUGCGAUGACAGAUCUAACGUGUGAUGACAGCUCUACCAUGUCAUUAUAGAUCUAACGUGCGAUGACAGCUCUAACCCAUGAUGACAGCUCUAACAUAUGAUGACAGCUCUAGCAUGGGAUGACAGCUCUAACAUGUGAUGACAGCUCUACCAUGUGAUGACAGAUCUAACAUGUGAUGACAGCUCUACCACAUGGGGACAGCUCUAACGUGGGAUGACAGCUCUAACAUGUGAUAAGCAUUUUGACUUGUGUCCUGUGUACUCACUGGACUCUCACUUGAAUAAAGCUCCAAGGAAAAGUGAGUUUGGCAAUGAGAUCAUAGUGACAAUUAUUCCAGAUUUUCAAACUCAAAUUUAAGUGCAAUAAAAUCCUUAAAUAAUUGUUCAUAUUGCCUGUGUUAUAUAUCCACUUUGUAAAACUACAAUAAAAAAAUUAGUAUGAGAC